CAGAUGUUCUACUUGCUGGCGCAGGUGGAUGCUACGGUCGACGAUUUGACAAGAAAACGGUACUGGCGACAGGCAAUCUACUGGGCGAACAGGAGUAACGAUAACGAAUUGCUGGUAGAGAAAAACUUAAACUUAUUGUUGCACGUCCUCCCAUUUAGUGCCAUUUCGCUCGGAAAAUGCGGCUCAUGCAUCGUGGUCUUUUUCUAAUUCUACAUGCAGCUUCUGAAAGUUUCUCUCCCUCGCUCCAUAGUUCAUUUUUGUAUAACCCGCCCUAACAAAAACAACCAGGUGCAAAUCCGCGAGCACGAGGUGGAAGACAGCCUUUACUUCUUCGACUCCACUCACACCCUCCACUCCCCUUCUCACCGCGCGCUGUCGCCGAAGGAACGCAGAAAACACAUGGACAAGAGCUUGUUGCACGGAAAGAAUUUUCCGAAAAUCACAGAGGUGGACAUGCGACCAAUCAGCUUCUCGCCGCCCAGCAAAGACAAGAAGAAGAUAGUAUCCUGUGCAAAAGUAUCGUACUCGUAGUCAUUGCAUUUACGCAUUACAAAUCUCUUUCUCAAGGUAAAUCAGCAUUGCAAAUUUAAUUUGUAAUGCUGAGCCAAUUUGUAUUGCGAUUUGUACUGGUGCGAUACCUUUGCAGUGCAUAGAUAGAUUCGAAGGACAAAACGAUGAGCCGCUCGUCCUCUUCCCCCACAUCCUCGAAGGAAAGGAACGGGCCGCGGAACGCCAAAAAGCGGAUGACUUUGCAUCACGCAGCUUUCACUGGAAGUAGUUCUGGACAGCAACAACACCACGGUUCGAUCGUGAACGCUUCGGGUGCGAGCUUCAACACGACUGCUAACGGAGGUGGGGAGGAGGGUAAAGAGCGCGCUGGGAGCAAGACCAAGGAGCCGCACAGAUCGUUUGAACGGCGGAAAAACCUGAUGCGGUUGGAAGAAGACGAAAGACAUUUACAAGAUUGUUUCCGAAGAAUCAGGGCAGAGAAAACCAACUUGAAGUGGUUUCUGCACACGUAUAAUUAUCGGGAUUGUUUUUGCUAGCUGACGCUGACUUUUGGUUUUUGUUUCAUUCUUGUCCAGUGGUUCGUCACGUAGAAGUGAUGCGCUUAUUUUGUUUUUGGUUGAAUAAUCUAAUCUUCGAAGAACGCUUACUAGUGAACUUGCUGUACACUGUAGCUGGAAAUUUAAAUUACACGCUGCAUUCGCAUCGCAAAGCCGAGGCCGAAAACAAAAGAAGUACUUGAUUUCUACAAAAACUGCAGGUACCACGAUUACCUUUACGUGGACUCGAAGUAUCACAGUGGUUAUGCCGUGAAGAUGCGAAAGCUCAAGGAUACGCUCGAGCAAGAACAGCAGGCUGCGCUAAGUGCCACGGCAAACAGCGAAAGCCGGCUUCACCUGUUCAACAGCCACGGCACAGAGUUCGACCCACACAGUCCGCAGAUGCAGCGCGAAAACUCGGAUACGCGAAGCAAGUCCGAGGUCGACGGGAGCCAGGACGCUGUGUUCUCCGCUCGGGUAAGGAACAAGGUCCAGGCCGUGCGUGCCACGCAGCAGGCUGCCCGACUGACCACUCGGAAAUCUACACGGUAUAAGCAAAAGCAUGAUUUUCAUUUUUACAUAGAAAAGCUCAUGAAAAAAAAAGAACACUGUUCCUUCGCGAUGAAAUUGAAAAUGCGGCACGGCAUUUUGACUCAGUUAAGUGCCUGUCAUGGCACGCAUGUUAUGCUCCCCUUUUAGUUCCAGGAAAUCAACGCAAAAUCCUCAGGUCCGGCACAGGGAUGCUGGCGGCGUUGUCCUCGACAUCGACUAGCAGCGCGAACCGACCAGCCUCACACGUCGACCCCACCGAGUCGCAAGCUUCCGGAGCAGCAUCGCAGUCACUUUCGAAAGAAAACAACUACACAAAUAACUCCCUUGCUUCUCCAGUAAUCCGAAUCGUCCCGCCUGAUAGCAACGACAACAUGAUAACGUCCUCGUCCCCCAACACUCCUAUAGUCCCGGUGGGGGUUCCGAGUAUCAGUUUCGGAUCUUCAGCCGCACAUUUGUCGAACUCUCCCGGGAAGAAAAAGCACGCCGCCAAUGCUGUUUUCAAAGAGUUUCACGAGGCGGCAGCUUUGUCCCGUCGGAAAUCUAGCGUCGAGGGCCUGAUGGGGGUGGGAAGCGCUGCGAUGGGCGCCGUGGCGGGGGCGAUGAAGAGGCGCCAGUCUCUGCCCAUUGCCGAGGAGAGCGAAAUUCCGAUUAUGAAGAGGCGGAACAGCAUCGAACAAGUGAUGCAGGAAAUGGAUGAGAAAGAGAAGCAGAAGGAGCAGGAUUUACAAACCAAGGCACAACUUGCGAAGAGGUAAGUAGUCGUCUUUGACUUCUUUGUCGCUUUCGAGUUUAUUAUUAUUUUAUGUGGGAUUCUUUUGAUCAUGAUUUUUUGUUUUUCACAUAAGGGUCCGCUAGUACACAUGAAGAUGAACCUGUCCCUGGACAUCGGAGCCGUAUACUAUUUUGUCAGAAUGAUCGGGAGGCAAGAAAAAGGUAAACUUGAUUUCUUGUAGGCUUAGAAAUAUUCGCGAUCGGGAAUGAAAUACAGAAGCUGCAAAAUAAACCUGUCAGGCGUAAAUCGAUGGCCGCACAAGAGGCUUCGCCAAAAGCAAAGGACGUGCAGAGUACCAUUCUCAGCUUAAAGGAGCAGCUCCAGAAAUCUAAGCAAGUGGCUAAUGCAGCGUAUGACGGAAACUUUUGAACAUACGACCUCCUGCAGUCGCACCGCCUAGAGUUGGCUUCGCUAUUAUCGUUCACGCAACGUAUAAUAUAUAACUUUCAGGUUUGUUUAUGUUACUUUUCCAACGGUGUUUGUCAACGAGUUGUGAACAGAAAGUCAAUACCACAUCAUCAAUUUCUGAUUUUCUUUGACCACAAGCAGAACAACAGACACAAGUGGAACCUUGAAGUCGUAUCAAUAUGUCGAAUCAACAGUCACGCCUAACUAGAACAUUACGAACUAGAACUACGUCGACGCAGAGCAAAAGAGUUACUUCUACUUCAGCAGCAGCUUUUUUAUUUUCUUUUCCUACAACUACAGUCACCGUGCGAAACCGAAAGCAAAUCCAAAUUUAAUUGAAAAAUACGAUCAGAUAUCGCUUUGCAUGCUAAUCCUAAAGGACGACUUGAAUAAAAGUACUAGCUGAGUACGGAAUUGCAAAAUUAAAUUACGGCACACGAAUAGAAGAGCGAGUCGUACUAGUGCGAAAAGCAAAAGAAAAGAGCUGAAAAAGCCAGUAUCAAUUGAAGGUAGACACACUCAUUAACAUUUUCGAAGUUGCAGAAGGCACAAUUUGCAUAGAUAAGAACAGCUAGAGCCGAGAAUACAAUCGAAUUUGAAUCUAGGUAGUGCAGACCAUAUAGAUUAUUUUUAAGAUGAUAAAUCAUAAAGCUACAUCAGUGCAUAGGCAUGAACUCGAAGGAAAAGAUAGAAAAUGAGGUUGUAAGAUUUUCGAUAUUUUUUCGUCGGAGUUGCAUCUCAGUGGCGUGUGCUGCCACCUGAU